AUGACGCGCACCAUUUUGAUUACUGCAGCCUCCGGGCACAUUGGACAAGAGCUCCUUCCUCUCCUUGACCGACUGGAAGAAACACGAGUUAUUCUCCCAACUUCAAAUGCUAGCCGCUUGAAAGCAUCUCUUCCAAAUUCCAACGCGGCCACUUUCAUCGUGGAGGAGGGUUCCGUCCGAGAUCCGACAUGGUUCCAGGGACUCCUCACGCAACACGAGGUCGACACAGUUUUUCUAUGUUUGACCGGUGAAGACGAGCUCUUCACAACAAUGAACUGUUUUGAUUGUCUUUCUCGAGCAAAAUCAGUCAAGCAUCUCAUUUACCUCUCCGCCUGCGCAGAUUUUGCAUCUCCCGAAGGUGCGCAGUGGAUUCUGCGGAAUUGUUCGGCAGGACAUGUCCUCGUGAAGAUUCUGACGGAGCAAAAGCUGGUAUAUGGUGACUUUCCUUUCACAUGGACUGUGAUUCGUCCGAGUCUUUUCUUCAUCAAUGACUUGAGAGCAAAGAAGUCUUUGAUUGAGAGCGGUAUGUAUGAUGAGCCGCUGGGCGAAAAUGGCGUUAGUCGUGUGUCGCCGUCGGACAUUGCGCUUGCGGUUAAGAAUGUUUUUGUUGAUGGAAGUGGGAGAUGGGUGGGGAAACAUGUGCCUGUUGGGUCGCAGAAAGCUUACAAGGGUUCUGAGAUUGCAAGGAUCUGGUCGGACGCGCUGGAAAAGGAAGUUGAUAUUUAUCCUGCCAACCAAGACGGCUUCGAGCGAUAUGAGCAUGAGCUGGGGGCUCGGGAGAACGCGAUCUGGGGGAGGGAUAUGAGAUUGAUGGUGGAGUCUUUCGCAAAGGAUGCAUUUUGCAUGACCGAAGAGGAAUACCAAUUGCAGGUUGAGCUUUUGGGGAAAAUUCCCGAGGAUUAUGAAGUGUGGGUCAAGGAUACUGCUUCUAAAUGGUGA